AGACUUCGCAUUGCUUGUCAUGAUUUUCAGGUUUGUUGCAUGGUGAUGAAGAUUAGUUUAGACUGCAAUGGAUGCUGCAGAAAAAUGAGGAGAAUAAUUCUCAGGAUGAAAGAAAUUGAGACACACUCGAUAGAGAAGCAACAUUCAAGGGUAAUCGUGUGUGGGAGAUUCGUUCCAGCGGAUAUAGCAAUAAAGAUAAGGAAGAAGAUGAAAAGAAGAGUCGAGAUUCUGGAAAUAGAGGGAUUAAGCAGUGGCAGUGAUGGACAUACAGAACAAGGGCCAGCACCAACCCAUGUCCCAGACCAUACCAUUCCAAUGCCCCAUCUCCAAGUCCCGGACCCUCAUGCCAUAGCUCAACAUGCCUAGUUUCAAUUUCUCCUGGUUUGGGUGGGAAAAAAAAAUGUCAGUCAUGAACCUAACGAAAAAGGGCACCACCAGAUGUUAAUUUUAGACAAGAGACCGAUUCUGGGAGAACAGGAAGACUCCGGGGGGGAACCUAAUGGAUUUGUCUGAAAAAGAUGAAGGAAGGAAAAUCGAAAGAAGAAGUAGGAUUGGAAAUGUACAUGUUAAGAUUUAGUAACAUUUGUACAUUGGUUUA